AUGGGUGAUGUUGAAAAAGGCAAGGAGAUUUUUGUUCAGAAGUGUGCCCAGUGUCACACUGUGGAGAAGAGAGGCAAACAUGAGACUGGACCAAACCUCCGUGGUCUGUUUGGGCGGAAGACAGGCCAGGCUGCUGAAUUCUCUUACACAGACUCCAACAAGAACAAAGGCAUCACCUGGGGAGAGGAUACCUUGAUGGAGUAUUUGCAGAAUCCCGAAAGGUGCAUCUCUGGAACAAAAAUGAUCUUCGCUGGAAUUAAGAAGGGAGAAAGGGCGGACCUAGUAGCUUAUCUUAAAAAGGCUGCUAAUGAGUAA